AUGAGCCAGUACAAGGUUACCGUUAGAUACCAAUCUGGAGCAUCCCCUAUCUUUGAGUUGACUGACUCUGAAGGCAAAGCUGAGACUAUCGCUAUCGAUAAAUGGAAGAAUGAGAACAUUGAAGAGUUCUUGAAGGAGAGAGAAUUGAAGAAUUAG